CCGCCUGUUUUUUGACUGCUCAGGAAGAGAGAGAAUCCCGACUUCGGGGUUCUGGUGGUUCCGGGGCUUCGCAGGGCGUCGGUGACCAUGGACCGCAGGAAGAAGCCGCUGGACGUCGCGGCCUCCUCGUUAGUAGACCUUAAGGCUGAACUUUUCCGAAAACAAGAAGAAUUCAAACAAGAAAAACUUCUCAAAGAUGCUGGAGUUACAGGGAAACCAAAAUCAACCAACAAGAAACCAAGUAUCUGGCAUAAACAAAAUGCUGGUGUUUCAGAACGGGCUGAAAAAGAUGCUGAACAGAAGAUUGAAGAGCAAAAGACAUUAGACAAGUCAAGGGAAAAAUUAGAAGAGAAAGCCAAAUUGUAUGAACAGAUGACUAAAGGAGACUUCUUAGAUGAGGAAACAGAAGAUAUGUACCUUGUGGAUUUCACACAGAAGAUUAUAGACAAACGAAGAGAAAUGCAGGCCCUAAACCUGAACAAAGAAUCUAAAGAGGCUGCAGGAAAGGAAGAAGAUGGAGAUGAAGCUCUUUCUGAAGCUGAUAUACCUCCUCCCCAAGACCCCAGUGAAGAAUGGGUCGAUUAUGUGGAUUCUUUAGGCCGUUCUAGACGCUGUAUGAAGAAGGAUUUGCCAGGCCUGAUAGAAAUGGAUAGAAAUCUUAAUGGAAAGCUAUAUGUUACUGACAAAACUCUGUUGUCUGAAGAUAUGAGAAGAGAGCUUCAGCGACAACAGUGGGAGGAGGAAGAGAAGGAGGCCCUGAGCAGACCAGUAGGACCUGUUCACUAUGAGGACAUUCGAGAAAAUGAGGCCCGACAACUUGGUGUUGGAUAUUUUGCCUUUGCCCGAGACAAAACACUGAGAAACAAGCAAAUGGAGACUUUAGAAAUGCUACGAGAGCAGACUACAGACCAAAGAACCAGAAGGGAAAACAUCAAAGAAAAAAGAAAGGCUUUGCUGGAAGCCAGACUUGCAAAACUGAGGCAGAAAAAGAUGAAGAAGUUGACGGGUGACGGGCCUGCAGAAGAGGCUGCAGCAGAAGUGGUGAUUGGGCCCCCUCCACCAGAGCCAGAAGUGCCUCCAGCUGCCCCAAGGAGCAAAGUGGAGGUCCUCAUCCAAGAAAGAAAAGACACCAAGGCAGGUGUCCCUUACGUCCGAGAGUGGGACCGAGGAAAAGAAUUUUCUUUUGGACACUGGUCAAAGAGGCAAUCAGAUCUCAGGGCUGAAAGAGAUCCUGAGUUUGCCCCACCAUCGGAUUACUUUUCUAACCAGAAGAGAACUGGUAACUUCAGUGGCCAGCCUUGGAACCGAUCUGGACCUUCACAUGACACUUCGGGACUUGGCUUUAGCAAGAGCAAUGAACCCUCCUCCCAGACUUCCCCUAAUUACCCAGGACGAGCCCCCAGCCCCCCUUACCAGAGUCUGGACGAUAUGCUCUCGUAUUAUAAGCAAGUAACAUAAGCCAUUCAACAUCCUUAGACUCCCUCCUUCAGGAAGAACUUGACUUUUAAGAAUAUUGAUUUCUGCCCCCUUGCUUUUUCUUGUGAGGUGAGAGCUCCUUGUUGUCAUUAAAGAAAUGCAAGUCAUGAGAAUGCUGAUACUAUGAAACACCCUAGGAAUUCUGCUGCUUUGGGGCAGCCUGGUGAAUCACUUUAAUUGGAUUAAAGUGCUAUUGGAAUUGUAA